AUAUCUAUAUCUAUAUCUAUACAUAUAAAUAUAUAUAUGUAUAUAUAUAUAUGUAUGUAUAUGUAUAUAUGUAUAUGUAUAUGUAUAAAUAUAUGCAUAUCAUUAGCUAUAUGCUAUAGUACGUUGGACCUCGCUUCCUUAUUCUUAUGUACAUAUUUAAGUCGAGUUGUACCUGAUUAGUUUGUAACUGUCACUUGCACGUCGACCCAGUCCUAUUUACACUGGUGACAUCAGCUCAAUAUACACUGACGAUAGUACAUCACAAUAUAUUGUAUAUCAUUGUACAUAUAAUUGUCUAAAAACAUCAUUAUUUUUAUCACUUUGUUUCAUAAGCGUAAUAAGACCCUCUGUACGCUUAAGUGAACCACGAAUCACACGCCUACAUUUAUCCAUACAGUAUACACAUAAUUAGACACAUAGAUAUAAAUACAUUUAUAUACCUCAAUAUACAGAUACAUAAACGUAUAUAUAUAUAUAUACAUGGAUCCAAGUACAAACACGCAUACAUAUAGUCCAAUAAUAGGGAUACGCGUGGCUCAGAACAGCCCGUCUAUUUGUCACGUACAGGACACCCAUGAUCACAUAUAAGGUCUUACACAUAUAUAUACAUACAUACACACUUGCCUUAUCACGCACGUGUGCGUGUAUCUCUUCAUAGCAAUGGUUCGUACAUCUCCGGCUGAUUUAUACAUUGCCUUCAAGAAGAUCAAAGAAGAUGCGCUUUCGUCACAUCCAGCGGCGUCUGUUCUAAUCCUGGCCGCACCAGACGUGGAUGCUGUGUGCGCAUGCAAACUCAUGACGUGCUACCGUUCUAUAUGA